GCUGAAGUUUGAAUUGUAAAAAAGGUGUUCGUGUCACAUAUCCCAAAAGAUAUUGUGAUCGAAGAAGGUUGAAUUUUUUGGGAAUAAAUUGGACGACGUGGUGGAUUUCCAAUCCAUGCUUCUUCCUCCGCCACCUCCCUACGCUUUUCUAUCUGAUUCUCUCGCCGGCGUCUGAAACCGCCACCGGAUGUCUAGGUUUCUCGCCACCACCGUCCACAUCUCCGCUGCCAUCCUCACCAAAUCACGGCCGCAGCUUCAUCUCUCCUCCCCUAUCUUCUUCCCUCCGCAUUUUACUUCCGUUACCUACUAUUGUCGUCCCAAACUUCAUCGGAGCAUUUCCGUUCGAGCUGUUGAUUCCUCAUCGGAUACCAAAAGUGAUGACGUUUUGUCAGAGAAUCAGGAAGAUAAAAGCGAGUUCAAGUCGGAAUUCGAUAAUAAUGGCAGUUUAAGAGGCGAUGGUGAUUAUCCUAGUGGAGAAUUUGAGUUUGAAAGUCCAGGUGCGUGGAAGAGCUUCGUGGUGAAGCUACGCAUGCUUAUUGCUUAUCCAUGGCAACGUGUUCGCAAGGGUAGUGUUUUGGAAAUGAAAUUGCGUGGCCAGAUAUCUGAUCAGGUGAAGACUCGUUUCUCUUCAGGGUUAUCGCUACCUCAAAUAUGUGAAAACUUAAUAAAAGCAGCAUAUGAUCCUCGUAUAUCUGGUGUUUAUCUCCACAUCGAGACCUUGAAUUGUGGAUGGGGUAAAAUUGAAGAAAUUCGAAGGCACAUUUUGGAUUUUAGGAAGUCAGGGAAGUUCAUUAUUGGUUAUGCACCUACAUGGAGUGAAAAGGAGUAUUACCUUGGGUGUGCCUGUGAAGAGCUGUACGCCCCACCAAGUGCUUACUUUUCGUUGUAUGGUUUAUCUGCUCAAGCAUCAUUUCUUGGAGGUGUACUUGAGAAAGUAGGCGUGCAACCACAAGUGCAGAGGAUUGGUAAAUAUAAGAGUGCUGGUGACCAACUGAUGCGCAAGAAUAUAUCCGAAGAAAAUCGCGAGGUGCUUACUACAUUGGUAGAUAACAUCUAUGGGAAUUGGGUCGAUAAGAUUUCUCAAGCCAAAGGAAAGAAAAAGGAAGACAUUGAGAGUUUUAUUAAUGAUGGAGUUUACCAAGUAGAGAAGUUGAAAGAAGAUGGAUGGAUAACCGAUAUAAAAUAUGAUGAUGAGGUUACAUCUAUGUUGAAAACAAAAUUGGGCAUUGUGGAGGAGAAAAAACUCCCAGUUGUUGAUUACAAGAAAUACUCGAGAGUUAGAAAAUGGACCUUGGGGUUAUCAGGUGGCAGGGAUCGAAUAGCCGUAAUUAGAGCUUCAGGUAGCAUCAGUCGUGUACGAGGGCCAUUUAGUUCACCUAGUUCAGGCAUCAUUGCUGAGCAAUUCAUUGAGAAGAUCCGCACUGUAAGAGAGUCAAAAAGGUAUAAGGCUGUUAUCAUCCGAAUUGAUAGCCCUGGAGGUGAUGCUCUUGCUUCCGACUUGAUGUGGAGGGAAAUCAGACUAUUGGCUGCAUCUAAGCCUGUAAUUGCAUCAAUGGUUGAUGUGGCAGCUAGUGGAGGAUACUACAUGGCAAUGGCUGCACAAACUAUACUCUCGGAGAACCUUACUUUGACAGGUUCAAUUGGUGUUGUCACAGGUAAGUUCAAUUUGGGCAAACUAUAUGAAAGGAUUGGUUUCAACAAGGAAAUCAUAUCGAAGGGACGAUACGCUGAGUUGACUGCUGCUGACCAGCGGCCAUUCAGCCCAGAUGAGGAAAAACUCUUUGCGGAAUCUGCCCAGAAUUCUUAUAAACAAUUUCGAAACAAGGCAGCAUUUUCAAGAUCAAUGAGUGUGGAUAAAAUGGAGGAGAUCGCUCAAGGGAGAGUGUGGACCGGUAAUGAUGCUGCUUCACGGGGUUUAGUCGAUGCAAUUGGAGGGUUCUCACGUGCUGUUGCUAUAGCGAAACAGAUGGCCAACAUACCUCAGGACAAGCAGGUUACUUUGGUGGAGCUGUCGAAAUCGUCACCAUCUUUACCUGAAAUUCUGAGCGGCAUAGGGAGCUCGGUUAUCGGAAUAGACACAACGUUAAAGCAACUGCUGGACGGUUUGACGUCAAGUGACGGGGUGCAAGCGCGUAUGGAUGGAAUCAUGUUUCAAAGAUCGGAAGGAUCGUCAUUUGCAAACCCCAUUUUUGAUGUGUUAAAAGACUAUCUAAGUUCUCUCUGAUUUCAGCCCCUCAUUUCGAUUGAAACCAAUAUUGGAUGUAACUUUGUAUAUGUUUACAAAUAGAUGUGUUAUUUUCACUACAUUACCAAACAAAAUUGAUAUA